AUGACGCUGUGGAUUGGCCAUUCGCCGCGUAUCAUUCUGAGCGAUACAUGGGUUGCAUCGGACCUGCUGGAGAAGCGAUCAGGUAUCUUCUCAAGUCGCCCGAGAUUUCUUGUCAUGGGCGAUGCAAUCAAUGCGAGCGAGACUAGUCUGACGAAUUUGGAAUAUGGGGAUAGGUGGAGAUUGCAUAGGAGGCUUAUGCAUACCGUAGUCGGUAGUCAAGCAGUUCGAAACUGUCGUGAUUUCCAAGCGGCUGAAUCGGCACUUCUGAUCCGUGACCUUUUCCUCGAUCCAAACGACUUUGAACUGCCGAUUGAACGUUACUUAGUCUCUGUAGCAUCCAUCAUCGGCUGGGGACGACGCAUCGACCGAAAGAAUAAUUACGUUGCACAGCUGGCACUGGCCUUUAUGGAAGCCGUAGACUAUGCGAUACCCGGCGUAUUCAUCAUGAAAGCAAUCCCCUUGCUCCUCCACGCCGUAGCAUGGCUCUAA